AUGCGAAAUUUCAUGUGUGAUCAUCAACCUGGUGGACAUGAUCAGGGUAUUGCAGGUGAUGACGAUGUGGAUGACUUGGAAGAGCUAGGUGAACCCUUUCAGUAUCCCGAUGCCUCCUCACCUCAAUCGAGUGAUCGUGAACUUGCAAAGGAAUUGCUGGUGUAUUUUGUGGAACAUGGUAAGAAAGAAUGCUUUGCUUCAUGCUUGUCCAUAUGCUAUGAAUUGAUCAGAUCAGAUGUGGCUUUAGAACUUUCCUGGAUGAAUAAUAUGAUUGAAUUUGUGUUUCCAUACCCACUUCAGUUCAUUCGAGAAUACACGAGAAAAGUUGAUGAGCUUGUUAAGGACAAGUUAGAGGUUGACCAAGAAGAGAAAUCCAAGGAGAAAGAAGAGAAAGAUCUUGUUGCUCAACAGAAUAUGUAUGCUCAGCUUCUUCCCCUUGCUUUGCCAGCACCU